AAAAAUCUCAAACAUCUGUCCAGUACCUCUCUCCCUCUCCCUCUCCCUCUCCACACGAUGUCGAAGGUUCCCGCUAACGCCUUUCUCCUUCUCAGGAAGCAAGCAUACAGUGUUGGCGUGGAGAAUGUGAGAGUGCAGGUGGUGGCCUCUGCUUCAGAGACGAGGAACAAUGCCGUGGAUUCGAGCACUGAGGACAAGGGAAUUGCUGAGCAAAAAGAUACUACUGUGGACAAGGAAAUUAUGCCUCUAGCCGGGAAAAAAGAAGAGUUUUGGAUGAGAGAUCCAAAGACGGGAAAUUGGAUUCCGGAGACUCAUAUCAAUGAGGUCGAUGCUGCAGAGCUGAGGGACAAGUUUCUCCCAGACAAAGCUAAACACUGAAAGAAAACUUUCUUUUGUGUGGAUGCAUGCAUCGUUCAGGGCAUGCAUAUAAUUAUAUGAUGUGUUUCUGGGUGUUUAACUAACUACGUUUCUGUAAUAAAAAGUCUACAAGAACAACUUUAAAAUACAACAUCGGAUACAAUUGCGUUCGGAGUCGUUCAAUGCAUGUGUACUCUCGUGCAUCAAACGGCUCCCAAUACAGUGUCCAGAAUUGUGUUUUAAAUUUAUGUUGGUACUUGGUAGUAUCACUUUCAUAAUAAAGUCCAUUGUCAAGAAUAUAUCUCUGAUCAAUAGUUUGUCUUCUUUUUGUUUUUGGUCGUGUGAGGUAAUGCUCUACGAAGAAACUUUUCGUGUAGGUCGACAUUUGGCAAACGACUUUGUCUCUGAAUUCCAAAACACUGUUAAUAGCAUG